AUGAAGAACGCGUACUGCGAGGACGGAGGAGUACAACUUGAAGGCUCCCAAAUCGUGGAAACUUCGUCAUACGUGUACCUCGGACGUUCUAUGAACAUGGAAAACGACUUGAAGGAAGAACUAAAUAGAAGAAUGAGAGCAGCAUGGGCAGCAUUCGCAGCCGUCAGGGAAGCUACGGACCAACUGACGAACCAAGAUCUUUGUGCCCAUCUGUUCGACUCGACAGUUCUUCCAGCGCUCUGUUACGCAGCAGAGACGUGGGCAGACACCGCUGUCACGUCUAGGAAGCUAAUUAUUACCCACAGAGCCCUUGAGAGAUGCCUUCUAAAGUUUAACCGGCGCACACAACACCUAGCCGGUCUUCGCAGCUCCGACUUAAGAGGAAUGUCCCGUCUUCGCGACCCAGCGGAAUAUGUAUCGAAAGCAAAACAUAGAUGGGCCGAUCACAUCAUGAGAAGAAUCGACGAUAGAUGGACUAAAAAAACGCUAGAGUGGAUCCCAAGAGAUGCUAAACGCCCUCGAGGGAGACCGCCAACGAGAUGGGGUGAUGUGUUCGCUACACGUAUGGACCAGCUGAGAGCUCAGCUAGAUACGGCUCAAGGACCUCGUCAACGUCACUCACAAAACUUGAGAACAUUUUGUAUGACUAUGGCGAGGGAACGAAACGAGUGA